AUGCACCGCCAUUUUAAUAGAGUGCUCACCACGAUGACCAACCGUCGCGACCAGCUGGACGUCCCUGGCAAGGACAGCCCCGACACCUCCCAGCAGCCUCCCAGGAAAGACGGCAAGUUUCGCAACUUCUUCAGUAUCUUCAGAUCCGUGCCAACUCGAUCCUCUGUCGCUUCUCAGGUUGACAGUCAGCAGAACAAACCUUUGCCACAGGCACCGGCUGAGAACCGUCUCCUCACGGAUGUCUUCCCGGAAAAUGUCGCCAAACCCGCUGUCAAGACUACGUUGCCUGGUCUCCAGGAUCGCAUCGAGCGGACCAACCAAUUGCUCUACUGCAACACUUUGUUCCUCCAGGAAUCAUCCUCUCUGUCGUCAACCACAGAGGAGCCGACAUGCAACCAGAAGGAGCAAAAGUGGUUGGCAGAGAUCAAGGAGGACCCAAUAGGGCAGGAUCAUAUACAAUGGCUCGUUAUCAUGAUGGUCGAGGCGUUCAUCGCAGAAACUACCAAAGACUCAACUAAGAUUGCCGAGAUUACCGCCCUAGGGCCUGUCAUGCAGAGGGAGCCCUACCGCAAACUGCUGUCAUCAUUCAUCCACGACUUUGACGAGGCUCGCAUUCUGGACGUUAACUUGCUGGAAGGUCUUGUCCAAUUGGUCCAGACUUCCUCGGCUGGGUUUCUGGUUUCCGACGACUUAGUCAAGGUCCUCAGCCUCCUCAGGAUCUACUUGCAGGGUAAACACCAGCAGUCGUCUGAGCAUCCAUACCACCUCACGCUCGCUGUCUCCAGGAUUCUCGAUGUCAUGGCUGACCACAAGGUGCAGGAUCUGGGCCGAAUUCUGGAGCAUGAGCCAUUGUCUGCAGUGUUGUCAGGAUUGAAGGACAGCUUUGACCCCUACCUGAUGUACCAGGCCUGCUACGCCUUCCAAGCACUUCUGUAUGUCCCUGAUGAUGAUACUGUUCUGCAGGCAGUAUUGAGGCAUUCGACCGGUGUUGGGGAUGGCUUAAUCAAGGUCACAAGUGUCCUCAAGUUGGAUAUGGGCUCGGUACUAGAAGGAUUAGAGAAGUUGCAGGAGGUAGCCGUCAGUGUGAUUGGGAUCGCCAGCACUGUCUAUGAAGGUGUUGGUUCACUGCGCGAGAGCGGUCGAGGGGUUCUAGAGAGCCUGAAGGAAGGAUUUGGGUCUGGUCAGAAAAAGCCUUGGUAUCCCGCCGUCCGUGCCGCAUAUGCCUUCGUCCAAUCCGGCCAACUGAAGAAUCUGAAGCAGCUGAUUGUCGGGGCGCCCUGUCGCCAGGAUCCCUUGUUCCAGUGGGGCAUCUGCCAGCUGCUGGGUGAGAUUGCAGGCGACACUGUCUGGGCUAUUGCCACCCGCCAGCAAGCCAUUGUCCUUCUUGGUCAUCUCUACAAGGACGAUCUGGAAUGGGGCCGUGACGAGAGCGUCAAGACAUGGAUGCUGACUAUCCUCGGCACGCUGGGAUCUUCAUCCGACGACGCCAUCAACGAACACGCCUCUGCCCUGUUGCAGGAUCUUGGCUCGGACAACACUCCCAGGAUUCAGCACCCUUACCCUCUGCGAUCUCGCCUCCCUAUCCCCGAGUCAUCUCCAAUCCUUGCCAAGGUCCAGGGCAUCCCCUACAUGGAGUACGAACUCUACAAGCUCCGAAUGGAACGGCUCAAAGAUGCCAAACAGCCCAUCUACAUCUCUCCCAUGGCCAAGGCCAGCCUUCAAGCUCAGGACAACGAAGUCUUCCCACUCAUGGACAAGCUUCAGGAGUUUUUGGCAAGCGACCGGCAGGUCAUGUUGAUCCUGGGAGAUUCUGGGGCUGGCAAGUCGACUUUCAACCGACAUCUCGAGCGCCAUCUUUGGAUAGACUACAAGCGCGGUGGACCAAUCCCUGUGUUUAUCAAUCUUGCCACCAUCAACGAGCCCAAGUACGACAUGGUCACCAAGCAACUGCAGUCCAACAACUUUAACGACGACCAGAUCCAGGAGCUCAAACUGCAUCGCCAACUCGUUCUUAUCUGUGACGGCUACGAUGAGAGUCAGCAGCAAGUCAAUCUUCACAGCACCAACUUUCUCAACCAGCCUGGUCAGUGGAACACCAAGAUGGUCAUCACUUGCCGGACCCAGUACCUUGGACCCUCAUACCACGACCGCUUCAAACCCCAGCCCCUCGAUCGAUACAAUACCAGGCAUCAAGACCUCUUUCAGGAGGCUGUCAUUGCGCUAUUCUCGAAUGAGCAGAUCAAGAAUUAUGUUGACCAAUUCGUGCAGGAUACCAACACGCAGCAAUUACUAGGAAUAGCAACUGUCUGGUCGUCGGAAGAGUACAUGGACAAGCUGACGGCGAUCCGUAACCUGCUGGACCUGGUCAGAAACCCUUUCCUACUCACGAUCGCUCUCAAUGUCCUGCCCAAACUUGUUGCCACCCAACAGGAUCUCUUGUCUCUCCGAGUCACACGCGUCGGCCUCUAUGACAAGUUCGUGGAACAUUGGCUGGAGAUCAACAAGCUGCGCCUGCAGAGCAACACAUUGAGCAACGAAGAACGAGACGUGUUCGGGAUGUUGUUGGAUGCUGGCUUUGUCGAACACGGCAUCGAUUUUCAGAAGCGACUGUCAGACUCGAUCUUCAAGGAGCAGGAUGGCCACCUGGUUGUUCAGUACACGCAUCUCCACCACAGGAGGACUUGGAAAGCCGAGUUUUUCAGCCCAGAUCCCGAUAUACGGCUCAUGCGCGAGUCCUGUCCCUUGACACGUACCGGCAGCCAAUUUCGAUUUGUUCACAGAUCAGUCCUGGAGUAUUUUCUUUCUUGUGUGGUCUACAGCCCAGACUCCACUAAAAGGGAAUUUGAUCCGCAAGGGUCCCCUGACUCUACAGCUGCGUCAACACUUGACGCUAACAGUCCUUUGUUUACGCGGAACCUUCUCAAGGAGUCCUCCGUCAUCCAGUUCCUAAGCGAUCGCGUCAAUGAGAAUGCAUGUUUCAAGCAACAACUCCUGUCAGUCGUCAAGUUGUCCAAGUCAGACGUUCUUGCAGCCACUGCAGCAGCGAACGCCAUCACCAUCUUGGUUCGAGCUGGAGUUUCCUUCAAUGGAGCCGAUCUUCAAGGCAUUCGUAUUCCAGGAGCGGAUCUAACCGGUGGGCAUUUUGACUCGGCACAACUACAGGAUGCCGACUUGACAGGCGUCAAUCUUUCCAGGGCAUGGAUGCGACAGGCGGAUCUCAGCCGUGCAGGCAUGGAUGGAACUCAAUUUGGAGAGCUGCCGUGUUUGGAGGAGCUGGAGAUGGUUUCGUCAUGCGCAUUUUCGCCGGAUGGCAAGCUUCUCGCGGCGGGUCUAUGGAAAGGCAACAUCAGCAUCUACGACACUGCAACCUGGACAAAGAUUCAAGUAUUCCAAGGGCACCAGAAAGCCGUUACAAGUCUUGCUUACUCGCCGAACAGCCAACAACUUCUUUCUGGCAGCAACGACAAAACAGCACGGCUUUGGAACAGCGAGACUGGAUCAACCGAUCUCAUUAUGGAAGGACACUCAUUAGACGCUAUGGCGGUGGCGUUCUCACCAACGGGCCAGCAGGUCGCAACGGCCAGUUACGAUACGUCGUUGAGACUCUGGGACGCUCGGACUGGUGAUUCCGUUUUCGUUUCGACAGACAGCGCAGGCAUAGCUCCCAACAUUGCGUAUUCACCGGGCGGGAACACCAUUGCCUCUACCAACUGCGAUAACAAUAUCCGAGUACUCGACACACUCACCGGGUUGCCUGUGUUGGUGUCUUGCCAGGGUGAUGAUGUCUAUAGGCGUCUUACAUAUUCACAUGACGGUGGGUGGAUCGCUGCAGGAACCAGUGGCGGCCGGUUAGAGUUGUGGGAGGUAACAGCGACUACCCUGGGACCCAGACAGGCAUGGACGGCACACACGAGUGGAAUUACCAGCAUCGCCUUUUCACCCGACGACCGAUGGAUUGCCUCAUCCAGUUUUGAACAUACAGUGAAGCUGUGGGAUUCUCGUUCCGGCUCACUUGUCUCGUCAUUUAUAAACCAUGUGGACAAGGUCAACUGCGUUCGGUUUUCACCAAAUGGCUCGUACAUCGCUUCAGCAAGUCAUGACAGGACUCUGCAACUCUGGGAGGUGAACUCGCUUAAAACAGGAUUCGGCUCUCCUGACACAGCAUACCCACAGUUCUGCGCAACAUACUCUCGGGACGGACGGCAGCUCAUCACUGGCAGUCGAGGCGCACCCAUGCGACAAUUCAACGCGGAUUCGGGAGACGUCGAUUUUGUUUUUCCCGAUCACCUACACAACAUAGUUCGCAUUGCAUUCUCCCCAGACGGUCUCCAGAUAGCCAUCGGCAGCGGUCAGCAGGAAGUUACUCUAUGGAGCGUCGAAUCUCGCGCUGCCUCCUUUGUUCUUAGUGGGCACAAGUCUGGCGUGAAUUGUGUGGCCUUCUCACCUUGCGGUCGUUGGCUUGCUUCCGGAAGUAACGACGGCACGGUGCGGCUUUGGGAUACUCGCUCAGGAGCAGCCGGUCAUGUCCUGAAUGGCCAGGCAGGAUGGGCACAGAGUGUCGCAUUUUCUCCGGAUGGUUGCUGGAUUGCGUCGACAUGCAUGCAGGGAAAGGUCCUACUCUGGGAGGCAGGCACUGGCGAGCUCAAGGCGGAAACGACGAUCGAUGCCGGUCGUAACAGAUGGAAUUUUGUCGUUUAUAAACCAGGUUAUCUCCAGGUGGCCUCUUGCCACAGAGAUGGAGACAUUCGAUUGUGGGAUGGCGAUCAACAACUCCAAGGCUUCCGAUAUAUCUUGAAGCAGGACCGGGAGAUAUACCAGUUUGCGUUUUCGUCCUGUGGCCAGUGGCUAGCAACAGCCCACAGUGCCAGUGUUCGACUCUGGAGGCUGCCAUCCCCCGAUCAGGAGCAAGAGGCGCUACCGUUGCAGGAUCAGGAUUGUGUGUCGGUCAUCGAAGGGUUCACAGGAGUUGUUAGUGACGUAGUUUGGAGGCCCAACAAGUUGGAGUUUUCAACGGCAAGCUAUGAAGGAUCGAUUCGCACCUGGCGGGUGGUGGAGGAUAGUAAUGGGUCAGGAAGAGUGUCUAUUCGUCUGUCGUGGUCUUCUGGACCUGUUGUGCUCGCCGCAUCAUGUGCCGUGCUUGAUGAUACCGUCGGUCUUAGUGUCAUCAAUCGCAGGCUGCUCGAACAACGUGGCGCAACUGGGUUUUUAGCCAACUAG